ACCACGUCCAUAAAAUAAUGUAUGAAAUUAUGCGGCACAAAUACAUGUUUUGAAAGAUAUAUUUGAGAUGAACAUAAUGUUGAUGUCAAUCAGCAAUUAAUUUAUUUUAAUGAAUUUUAGACAUCUAUUGAUAAAAAAUAUUAGAAUAGCGAUUAUCAUUUUCAUCUUAUCUAUAUAUGAUCAUUUACUCCUUAUCUUACUAAGAGAAGACAAACUGGAUCAAAAAAUGGCAAAUCCUAUUAUUGGAAGAAAAUCUACGCGAAGAAAACAGUGGACUUUGCUAAAUCGUCCUCAAAAUCGAUAUAAUCGUUUUGGAAGCUAUUUAGCUGAAGAUGGUUGGCCAGAUUCACAAGUUGAUUUAGCAAAACAAUUACUUAAUGAGAACUGUGAUGAAGAAAAAGAUAUGGAAGAAAAUGCUUCUUUAGGUGUUUACUGGUUAAUUAAAGCAUCAUCCCAAGGGCACAAAGAAGCUACUGAAAUUCUAAAACAAUGUUUGGAAACUGGAAAAGGUAUUAAUGAACAUAAUUGGUUAGAUGUAAAAGUUUGUCUUGAAACUUCUCAAGAAGAUAAAAUCAUUCAAAAAACAGCUCAUGAAAUUUUUGACAGUAUGUCAGCUGGAGAAGAUUUUAUUACUAGUGAUCAAUUAAAAGAUGAAAUUAAUCAAGCAUGCUGCUCAAAUAAAUUUAAAUCAGACAUAAUCAAGCUAAAUAACAUAAGGUCAUCAAAUUCAAAUUGUCAAGAUUGGAAAUCUAGAAUGAAAAAAUCUGGUGAAAAGCUAACUGAAGAUAUUAUAAUUAAUGCAGCAAAAGAUUUUUCUCGUGGACAGAUGCCUUUAGUACAAAAAUUGCUCACUAUUGAAGAAAACAAAGAUGCCAUAUCAACUACUUGUGAUUUAUUUCUUCAACCUGUUUACUUAAUACAAUCUUACAACUUAUGUUUGCAAGAAAGACUGAACAAACGUUUUACAAAACUACCAUUUAAUCCACUAUCAUAUAUACAUGCACCAACAAUGUUGUUUACAUUAUUAAGUUUUAUCUUGGGUUGGGAAGGAAUUCGUACAGCCACACCAUAUAUUCUUUACUAUGGAUCAUUAUUUGCUAUGAUAGCAACAACCAUAUGUGCAUUAUGUGCUAAAAGAGACUUUGGACGUUUUCGUCGUUGGUCAAAUUUAUUUAUAACUUAUAGUGGUGGUAGCCUGAGUGCUCAAGAAGCUGAAUAUCAACAUUUAAUGAACACUCUAAAACCUUAUGUUUUUUUUUUUGCAUCAUUAGGAAUACAUUUGUUUUUGAAAACAAUAGUUUAUUCUAAUAUUUUGUUUCAAUCUGAAUUAACAGUUGUAUCUUUCUGUCUCACCUUUUAUACAUUGUACUCUUUUUCAUUAUGUGGUCCAAAAUUAGGCAAAACCAACAAUUUUGAUUUUAUUGCACUAUUAUCAUUUUGUGUUAAUGUUUUGGCAAAAUAUCCUUAUGAAACAGAUGCAGUUGUUAGUAAAGAUUGGCGGUUUCUUAAUUUACAUGUACCUACAUUUGCAUCUUAUGUUAUUGGUAACGGAGUUGAAUUUUGUUUAAAUUUUCGAGCAUUAUUUUAUUUAAUAAUGCCAGCAAUAAUGAUAAAAAUGGCUGCUCGAAAUAAUUGGCGUGGUAUUUAUACUGAUUUAAUACCACAUUGUAUGACAUUAUCAUGGUGGCAAAUAGCCUUAGUUGCAUCUCAAGAGUCAACGUGGUAUGGUUUAGUUCGUACAAUAUUAGCUUUGGUUUGCAUGUUCAUACUGUUUCCAAUAACUGGUCUUUGCUUACCAUUUAUUACUAUUGGAAAUAAUUUUGAAACUCUUUACCAGAUCAUACAGUUACCUAUUAUGUUAUUAAUUAUGUGGUUAUUUCAUAUUGUUUUACAAUAUUUUAAACGAAAAGGAUAUCACACUGAAAUAUUCUACAAUUAUUUACGGAUUUCUAUAGUUUUUGUUGGUAUUAUUUUAUGUGUAUUAAACAAUUAUGAAAGAAUACAACAUUGGCUUGAAUCUUCUACUGAACAUCAUUUGUCUUAUAAUGAAUAUGCAGAGUAUUGCAAAAAUUAUGAUUUCUUAAAUUCUGACAAUAUAAAUUUAUCCAGUGAUAUGAGGUGUUCACAACUAAUAGAUGUCAGUGUACAAUGGGAUGGUUAUGUCAAAUCUAGUAAAGUUGUUUCAAUAUAUAAUCCAGUUUUAGCUAUUUUGAGUGUUUUCCCUAAAGUUUUCACAAACCCUCUGAUCUGUCUACUAGGUGAACGUUAUCCUUCAUGUUCCAACAAUUUAGGCUGUAAUGUAAGCUCUAAACUAUCAGAUCUAUGUCAUUUAUCUCAAUGGAACAAAUAUACUUAUGAAAUUGAAGUAGAAAUCAAUAACAAUGGUGGAUGGGGAACAAGUAGUGAAAUUGCAGUAUUGUUGACUAGCAAUGAAAACAUCCUAUUGGAUAAUGCUACUAAAAGUUUAAAAGAACACGACCACAUUUGGUUCUCAGGUAGAUUAAUAGGCAGUUCAAAUGGUGUAAUUAUAGCUAAACGACCUUCAAUUUUUGUUUCAUCUAUUGGAUGCUUGGCUUGUUCAAGUGGACCAAUAAUGAGUAACAUCGAACAAAAGUCACUAGAAGAUGAGUUUAUUAAAAAUAUUAAAAGGCUGUUUCAAUUUAUUUUAUAUCCAAUAGUGUUGUUUAAAUAAUUUUGUGUCUAUAGUUCAUACUAAAAAUACUAACUGAUAAAAUAAAAAUUAUUACUUGAUGAACAUAUAGUUGAAUGUUAAUUUGAAAAAUGUAUUAAAUUAAAUGUUAACUUUUA